AACUCUCUCUCUCUCUCUCUCUCUCUCUCUCUCUCUCUCUCUCACACACACACACACACACACACAGAUAGACGAGAGUUCUUGAGCUUUGUGUGAAAAUGGCAGGAGGGUCUUUCGCACCAGGAGGAGUAGCGAAGGCGAGAGCAGAUGAAUAUGAAGGGAAGGUGACGACUUACGUCAUCGUUGCUUGCAUUGUUGCUGCUGUUGGAGGCUCGAUUUUUGGCUAUGAUAUUGGAAUCUCAGGAGGAGUGACAUCCAUGGAUGGAUUCCUUAAAAAAUUCUUCCCAUCUGUCUAUGAAAAGAAGUCACAUUCCCAUGAAAGCAACUAUUGUAAGUUCAAUGAUCAAGGCCUUGCAGCCUUCACAUCAUCACUAUACUUGGCUGGCCUAGUUGCAACACUAUUUGCCUCCCCUGUCACGCGUAAUUAUGGCCGUCGGAUCAGUAUCAUUUGUGGCGGAAUCAGUUUUCUGGUGGGCGCAAUACUCAAUGCCGCCUCGGUCAACUUUGGAAUGCUUCUUUCCGGUCGAAUCAUGCUUGGGGUUGGAAUCGGCUUCGGUAAUCAGGCAAUACCACUUUAUUUAUCAGAAAUGGCACCAACCCAUUUACGAGGAGGCUUAAACAUGAUGUUCCAAUUAGCAACAACUCUCGGAAUCUUCUCAGCAAACAUGAUAAACUACGGAACAAGUAAGCUCGAUCAAUGGGGGUGGCGGCUCUCUCUCGGCCUAGCGGCAGCCCCGGCGCUUCUAAUGACAGUCGGCGGCGUUCUUCUCCCGGAGACACCCAACAGCUUAAUCGAACAAGGGUCAAAAGAAAAAGGGAGAAAAGUUUUAGAACGAAUUCGAGGUACACAAAACGUGGACGCUGAGUUUGAAGACAUGGUUGACGCGAGCGAGUUGGCUAACUCGGUGAAACAUCCUUUUAGGAAUAUCUUGAAGAAGAGGAAUCGACCUCAAUUGGUUAUGGCGAUUUGUAUGCCGAUGUUUCAGAUCCUUACUGGGAUAAAUUCGAUCUUGUUUUAUGCUCCGGUGUUGUUUCAGAGUAUGGGUUUUAAAGGGAAUGCUUCUCUUUAUUCUUCUGCGUUGACUGGAGCUGUUCUUGCUCUUUCUACUUUGGUAUCUAUUGCGACUGUUGAUAGAUUGGGUCGAAGAGUUUUACUCAUUGGUGGAGGCAUACAAAUGAUCGUUUGUCAGGUCAUUGUAGGCAUAAUAUUAGGGCUUAAAUUUGGCAACAAUCAACAACUCUCAGAGGGUUAUUCAAUUGCAGUAGUGAUUGUAAUUUGUCUGUUUGUGGCGGCCUUCGGGUGGUCGUGGGGCCCACUUGGUUGGACAGUGCCAAGUGAAAUAUUCCCGUUAGAAACACGGUCAGCCGGUCAAAGCAUUACGGUUGCGGUCAACCUCUUCUUCACUUUCAUCAUAGCACAAUCUUUCCUCUCACUCCUUUGUGGUUUAAAAUUUGGACUAUUUUUGUUUUUUGCUGGAUGGAUUACUAUAAUGACAAUUUUUGUAUAUAUAUUUCUACCGGAAACGAAAGGAGUUCCUAUUGAAGAGAUGAUGUUGUUAUGGCAAAGACAUUGGUUUUGGAAGAAGAUAAUAUCAGAAGAUUUGAGGGAAGAUGAGAGUUUUGAAAGGCAAAAGAAUUCAUUAGUGUUGCCUCAGCAAGCUCCUUGAUGGCUAACGAUUAUUAUGUAAUAGUUUGAUAUAAAUCAAUGUACAGAAAAGAUACAACAAACUUUUCUCAUUUUGUUGAGGGGUAAAUGCAAGAAGUAGCAACAUAUUUUCACCGAUUUAUUUAUUAUAGCAUUAUACUUCAAAAAAUCUAACUAUAACAAUGUCGUCUAAAUAC